AUGCUAGAUCAUGUUUUGUUGGGCUUUUUACCUUGUAAACGCUAUGAAAGAGGUCAAGAACAUGUUGAUUUUUCCACUUUUGCAAUGAAGGUCUGGGCUCGUGGUCUUCCUAUUCUCAGAUGCACGCUCAAUGGCAGGGAUGGGGAUCUACGGACGUUGUGGGGGCUUUGGGAACAGCUGGGUUUUAUCUCUCUCUCCCUCCCUCUUACACUCAUGCACAUUGAAACAACUUUGGGCAAUGGGAAUUUAAAGGAAGUCAUAAGGCUUUCUCCUGGUGAAGAUUGUAAUAAAUGGCUAGCUGUGAACAAUAAGAUUUUAUUCCUGUUUAGUAGAAUAGGAUUAAAAGAAUUAUUCGUGUGUUGGUUUUUUCAACUUAGUCUGUUUGUUGUUUAUACUGUAGCUGUGGACUUUUUUAACCAAGUGAACAUCCUCUAUGGUACUCUCACUGAAUUCUGCACUCCAACUAGUUGUCCAGUCAUGAAUGCUAGACCAGUAUACUCGUAUAAGUGGGCUGAUGGGGUUACCACAAAAGAACCAAUAAAGGUCUCUGCUCCAAAAUAUGUUGAGUACUUAAUGGAUUGGAUUGAAGUUCAGCUAGAUGAUGAGUCAAUAUUCCCUCAAAGAUUGGGUUAGUAAAGUAUCUAGUUGAAAGCUUGAAACUCUUUUUUUUUUCUUCUUCUUCAUAAUCUUAACUCAGGUUUUUCUUUCCAUGUGCUCCUUUUCCAUGUGCUUCUUCUUCUUCGUGUGUAUGUUUUUUUAAUUUAAAUGCUCAUAUGUUUUUUUUUGUUUAAUUGUAUUAUAUUUAAGUAGUAAGAAUCAGUGAUGAGUUAGGGGAGUAAGACAAAGCAUCGCCCAAAAAGUAAAUAUAUAUAUAAUAUAUGUUAAAAAUUACUUUUAUAUAAUCUUUUUGAAAA